UAUUUCAUCAGUUUAGUUAGAAUCGUUAAUCUGGACGGUUCCGCGGCGCGUACCAUUUUCCUCGAAACCAUAAAAAAAACUCUACCACAAUGGCAACCAGCCAACUCCUGCCGAUCCUGCUCGUGGUGGUGGCAGUUACGACCGUUACGGGGGCCAAGUUCCAGCGAGCCAUCAACGACGACGUCGAGUUCAUCACGCCGAACGCCGGAGGGUUGGGACCGGUCGGAUUGGGUCCCCUCGGAGGGCCACGAGGCUUCCGGGGCAUCGAGAUUUUGCCCAGACCCGAACCGUCGUGGAAGGCCGGCGCCACCCUGGUGGCGGACAACCCCGAGCAGCAAAUUAUGGGCACCAUUUCGUUCCGCCAGUGGGCCCCGGGCCACGUGGAGACGGCAAUCAACGCGACCGGGCUGCCGGUGGGAAAGCACGCCGUCCACGUGCACGCGUUCGGCGACAUGAAGGAGGGCUGCAAGUCGACCGGUCCCCACUUCCGGAGUAGCAUCAUUGGCAACAUUGAGGUUAAGGAAGACGGCAAUGCGAUGAUCGAUUUUCACAGUCCGUACGUGAAUCUGUUUGGAUUUGCCGGGAUUAUUGGCCGUUCGAUUGUGAUUCACGAGAAGCCUUCGGAGGUGUACCGGUUCCCGGAUCUGUCCAUCAACAAUCCGGUGUCAUUCCAGGGAGAGGAAGACACCGUAGGAGGUCGGAUUGCGUGUGGAAUAAUUACGAUUUUGGACAAUGUUUCGCAGUAGUGUGACUUUGAGUCGGAGUUGUUAAAUUGUUAUGUUUAAAAAUAUAUUCAAAUUGUAUAUAGUU